AUGGCAGCAGAGGAUGGUUCGGUCCCAGUGUUUGUUCAUGUCAAACAUUCGGUUAGGAUCGUCGUUGCUGACCCUUUGAACCAGGAGAAGAAUCUGGUGUUCGUCGUUCGGAGGAUUCUGGAAGAUCUCGGCAGAGUGUCCAGGAAAGAGAUCCUCGCUAUUCAGGAUUAUCCCAGGAGAGGUGUAUAUGAUGUCACCUUUGACGGAGAAGGAGUCUACCGUAGUUUCCUGAGGAUUCUUGAGGAGAAUUCGGCUGAUCCCCGGUUGGAAGGGCUCAAAAUUCUUCCACACUUCGCGGAGGAAGAGAUUUUCCUUGUGGUAAAAACGUACUCUCCUUUUGUGCCGCUCAAGGAGAUCGAGACUGUGUUAAGCAGGUAUUGUAAAAAGCUGGUCUUUUCAGGUAAGAUCUUGAAUGAACUUGGUAUUUGGACUUCUAAAUACAGGUUCAAAGCUGUUUUGGAUAAAGGAGUAUUCCCGCCUGCUAGAUUUCGUCUAGGAACUGUUAAUAUCGACUGUUUCUUUAAUGGAAUGCCGGAGUUUUGUCGGAGAUGUCGCCAGUACUGUCAUGUGGCAGAUGGUUGUGUACUGUGUCAGAACUGUGGGAAAGCUACACAUAUGACCAAAAAUUGUGUCCUUCAAAAGAGGUGUAACUUGUGUUUUCAAAUGGGGCAUUUAUAUGCAGGUUGUCCACAAAGAGAGAAAGUGGAAAGUCAAAAAUCUAUUCAUGAGGAUCUUAGUGCUUCUCCUAAUUUUGAAGUUUUUGCUGAUCCGGUGUUAAGUUUUGUUUUACAGGAUAAAACUACUGAGGAAAAACGAGAAGAAAAGGAAAACUUACCUGAUGUUGAAAUGGAGAGUGAAUUAGGUCAGGUGGGAAAAGUAUUGGAAUUUUUGUCUGAUUUUGAUCUUAGUGCUUCUCCGAAUUUGCAAAUUCUUGAAGAGAAUUUAUCGGAGCCCUUAAGUCCCGUGAGUGAGGAAGGGCAUUUUCAUGUGACUGGUGAGGAGAGUCCUGCAGGUAAAAUGUUGCAGGAAGGGCUCACGGUAAAGAGAAAGACUGGUUUUGAGUCUCUUUCCAGAGGAGAGAAAUUGUAUAGAUCUUACAAAGGGAAGUCCAUUCAAGAGCUAAAGGAAGUUGUAAGUGAUUGGUCAGAUGAGGAAGAAUAUGGUAAAUUAGGCAAAUAUUUCGAAGAAAUUCCUAAUAAGAAAGAAGCUCGGAAAAAGAUUUUGAGGUACAUUAAGAAUCUAAAGUGA